AUGCCUGAGGUACUCAGCAAUUCCCCAUACGAGCUGGUAUUCAAAAAUUUUCACGACUGCAAUGCCCAACGCCCAUCGCACACUCUGAUAUUUCGUCAUAAUGGGUUAUCUUGGCGGAUUAAAGUCUCUGUGGAAGGGUCUCUUCCAACAGCAAUAACGGACCUGGGCUAUAUGCUUCGCCGCUCUACUUUUCGGGCAUUUCUUGAAGCGAUUGAUUUUGGUCGAUUUCAGCUAUUAGACAACACCGUGUCAGGCAUUACUUUGACCUUGACCGAGGAGAGCCAUCAUUCUCUACCAAUCCAGGCUAUGUCUCACGAUGCUGGAAAUUUUUAUCUCGCUGUGUCUGAUCGAAUGCGAUAUAAAGUUGAGGAAGAUCCAAACCGAGUUAUCUAUCCUCAUGUUAGCCAGAUCCAAUACUGUCUCCGGACAUUUGAUAUAAGUUGUCUGCACUCGGGCGAUUUUAUCGCUCCCGCCGUAUCUGCAGUCAUUGUUGAGGAGAAAAAGUAUGCCUACAAGAUCAUCGACCGGCCUUUAUACGAGCCUAGAGAUACACAAGAUAUAUUGGAUGAGAUCUAUGCACUUGCGCAGUUCCAUGGACAGCCUAACAUUGCGCAAAUUGUCGGUCUUGUGGUUUCAGGAAAUCCGUAUCAAACAAAUCCAUCGAACAAUAUGCCUCGGGUGGGGAGAGCAUUGAGACAACUACACGAGAAGAAAAGAAGUCAUCUUGAUGUGAAGCCUUCAAACAUUGUUCUAGAUGCUGAAGGAAAUGCUUUUCUAAUCGAUAUUGGAGGGGCCGGCUCUUAUACGUGGGACUGGCUCUCACCAGAAAUGAGACUAUUCCUUGAACAGAAUUAUGAUCAAACACCUGUCAACGCCGACUUUUGUGUGCAAAUCGCUACAGACUCUUGGGCUUAUGGCAAAGUACUAUCCGUCAUUGCGAAGGAAAGCGGCCCUGACCUUGUGCAUGAGAAACUGCGGGAAGUUGGUUAUGAUCUGACAAAGGCGGCAUUGGAAUCUCGCAUUGAUAUAGGCGCUGCGCUAGAAUAUCUAGAAACGAUCGGGGAGAAAGCGUCGCUGUAG